CUAGGUAGAGGUGCUGGAGAAGGAAAAGGUUUCAUCCACAGGCAUCAUAAAAUGUAUUUCUUCUCAUCAUGGAUCAAAGCUAUUUUCACCAUUGCCUUGGCAUUUCUUCUUCACUCUGAAACUUCUUUUGCACCUUCAUCAAAAUUUCGCGAUAUGCCAGAUUGUAGUGUGUAUGCCAGUUCAGCAGGUUUUUGCACCAGAGAAAUGGAUCCAAUCUGUGCAACCAAUGGCCAGACUUAUAACAAUAGAUGCCUUUUCUGCUGCGAAAAAUUAGAAAAUAAAGGAAAAAUUGAAUUUCAUCAUUAUGGCAGAUGCUGAGUUUUUGCCUGAGCUAACCAUUGCUGAGGAUUUUAUUGUAAUCCUAUCUUAUGGUGGAUUCUACAACAAACUAGCACCUUCUCAAUCAGAACCAUAAAUUUUUAGAGGACCAGUGGACACCUUCUGUAGCUCAUAAGAAUGAAAUAUAAGAUGGUGAAGAACUCUUUCUGACUCUAAGAACCUGUGAUUAAAUAAUUUUUAUUCUCUAUAUUUGAUUAUUCAAUGAUAGUUGGAAAAACUAUUAUCUUAGCUAUGUGUUUGAUAUUGUAAAAUGUAAUGAA